AUGGCAGCAGCAGGGCAACGGCCAGGCCCAGAAUCCCCCGCAGCAGCAGCAGCAGCUGCAGCAGCAGCAGCAGCAGUGAAUCCACUGUGGAGCUUGCGGCAUCUGCUGCCACUCGGUACCCCGACGCAGUCGUUUGAAGGCCACGACAGCAGCAGCAGCAACCGCAGCAGCAAUAUACGCAACAGCAGCACUAUACGCAGCAGCGGCAGCAGACUGGACCAGCAGCAGCAGCAGCAGAAGCAGCAUCAGCAGAAGCAGCACCAGCAGCACCAGCCCCAGCAGCAGCGACAGCAGCAGCAGCAGCAGCAGGGGCAGGAGCAGCAGAAGCAGCAGCAGCUGCAGCAGCCCAUCUGCGUCUAUGGGGGCAGCUUCGACCCUCCGCACUACGCACACCUGCAGGCUGCUGCUGCAGUGCUGGCGAGUAGAGCAGCAGCAAAAGUUUGGCUGGUGCCCUGUGGGGGCUCCCCUGCAGACAAGCAGCAGCAGCAGCAGCAGCAGCAGCAGCAGCAGGAGGGAAACCACCAGCAACAACACCAGCAGCAAGACCAGCACCAGCGGCAAGACCAGCAACAGCAGCAACAGCAGCAAGACCUGCACCAGCGGCAAGACCAGCCGCAGCCGCACCCGCAGCAGCAGCAGCAGCAGCAGCAGCAGCAGCAGCAGCAGCAAGCAGGCGUGCGCAAAGACAAGCACUUGUGCGUCUCCACUUGGGAUCGUCUCCAAAUGACUCGCCUCGCAGUCAAGGAAUUCUUCGGCCCUCUUGCGGGGCAAGUUGUCGAUGUGCUGGACAUAGAGGCGCAGGCGGGCUGCUUUGUGCCCACGGUUAAACUGCUUGGCAUUCUGCAGCAGCGGCUGCUAGAGCAGCAGCAGCAGCAGCAGCAGCAGCAGCAAUUACCGGAGCUGUGGCUUCUCGUUGGUGCUGACUGUAUUCCUAACUUGCAUAAGUGGUACGAAGGGGAGCGGUUGCUGCAGAGCACUCGGUUUCUCCUCAUUGAUAGAGAAGGGGGCCCCCUGGGGGCCCCCUCAGCUGCUUUUGCUGCUGCAAAAGAAGCAGCAGAAGAUGCAGCAGCAGCUGAGGCUUCAGCAGCCGAUACUACACCUGUGGGGCGCUGCAGCAGCAGCAGCAGCAGCAGUGCCAGCCAGUGCAGCCACAAGGAUGGAGUCAGAGGCAGCAACAGCAGCAGCGGAAGCCGCAGCCGCAGCCCGAGCAGCAGCGCAGUGACCUGCAGCGGCAGCGGCCUCAGCAGCAGCAGCAGCAGCAGCAGCAGCAGCGAAGUGUCUAGACAGCUGAGACGCAUGCACCGGUUUGCUUUUGUUAAUGACAUGCUAGACGGAGACAGCAGCAUGUCUUUGCUGCCUUGUGUCUCUUCUUCUGUUUUGAGAAGCAAACUCAAAAAGAGAAAGCAGGGACCCCAACACCUCGCUGCUUGUUUGUCUCUGACUCCUGCUGCUGUUGUGGAGUACAUCAACCAGAAGGGACUUUACCUCUAA